AUGAGACCGGGAGAGGAGCGGCCCUUGGAGGGGGGCGCUUGCAGCGGCGUCUCCCAGCUGGAGCUGCUGAAGCUGCGCGCCGCGGAGCGCAUUGACGAGGCGGCCGAGCGCCUGGGGGCCCUGAGCCGCGCGAUCUGGAGCGAGCCCGAGCUGGCCUACGAGGAGCACCGGGCCCACGGCGUGCUGACGCGCUUCUUCGAGCGCGAGCCUCCAGCUGCCUCUUGGGCAGUGCAGCCGCACUACCAGCUGGCCACGGCCUUCCGCGCAGAGUGGGAGCCGCUGGGGGUCCGUGCGGCGCGGCGCCCGCUGCAGCUGGGCUUCCUCUGCGAAUACGACGCGCUGCCCGGCAUCGGGCACGCCUGCGGCCACAACCUGAUCGCCGAGGUCGGGGCGGCGGCCGCGCUGGGCGUGAAGGGGGCCCUGGAGGGGCUCCCCGGGCCGCCUCCGCCGGUGAAGGUAGUUGUCCUGGGAACGCCUGCAGAAGAAGAUGGUGGUGGCAAAAUUGAUUUAAUUGAAGCAGGGGCUUUUAAAAAUCUUGAUGUUGUUUUUAUGGCCCACCCAUCCCAAGAGAAUGCUGCUUAUUUACCUGAUGUGGCUGAACAUGAUGUGAUUGUGAAAUACUAUGGAAAAGCGUCUCAUGCUGCUGCAUAUCCCUGGGAAGGAGUAAAUGCAUUAGAUGCUGCUGUUCUCGCCUACAACAAUCUGUCUGUGUUGAGACAGCAAAUGAAACCAACCUGGAGAGUUCAUGGCAUAAUAAAAAGUGGUGGUGUAAAACCCAAUAUCAUUCCGUCUUAUUCUGAAUUAAUCUAUUACUUCCGUGCACCCUCAAUGAAAGAACUUCCAGUUUUGACCAAAAAGGCAGAAGAUUGCUUCAGAGCUGCAGCUUUGGCUACUGGGUGUACAGUAGAAAUUAAAGGUGGAGCACAUGAUUAUUACAAUGUUCUUCCCAAUAAGAGCCUAUGGAAAGCUUAUAUUGAAAAUGGAAAAAAACUGGGAAUAGAAUUUAUUUCAGAAGAUGCAAUGUUGAAUGGCCCUUCAGGAUCUACUGAUUUUGGAAAUGUUACUUUUGUGGUUCCUGGGAUUCAUCCAUAUUUUUACAUUGGAUCUAAUGCCUUGAAUCAUACAGAACAAUAUACUGAAGCUGCAGGGUCACAAGAAGCUCAGUUCUACACUUUGCGUACGGCCAAAGCUCUGGCAAUGACUGCGUUGGAUGUUAUUUUUAAACCAGAGUUGCUGGAGAGAAUCAAGGAGGACUUUAAAUUGCAACUUCAAGAAGAAGAAUUUUUAAAUACAGUAGAAUAA